AUGAAGGACGGCGAGGAUGUCGACACAGUCGAUGGGGUUAUUGGCGCCUAUGUGGGCAAUGUCGAGGCCAUUGAGAUCAUCAUCGCAUUGUUCGCUGGCCUGACGAUUUACAACGCCCUGGAGCUUGUUCUUCUCAUCUUCAUCAACUUCACAUCGCACAAGUCGGUCUACUUCUGGAGUCUGAUUGUGUCUUGCGCCGGCUUGAUCUUGUACGCUGUUGGAUUCAUGAUCAAGUUGCUGGGACUCUGGGAUGAUCAAGGUAAAUGGGCUGGACUUGUUUUGUUGAGUGUCGGAUGGUAUUGUAUGGUCACUGGACAGGCGGUGGUGCUUUGGUCUCGACUGCAUCUUGUCGUCACGGGCGAGAAAGGUAGAAGGACUCUCAAAUUCACAAAGUGGAUGAUCAUUGGCAACGCCAUUGUCCUCCACAUCUCAACGUCGGUGGUUACAUUUGGCUCCAACGGCAGCUUGGCAACAUCGGAGUUUGUCAAGGCGUAUAAUGUCAUCGAGAAGACACAAAUGACCGGAUUCUGCGUCCAGGAGACGAUACUUUCGGCCAUCUACAUUGUCGAAACGCUGAAUAUCCUUCGCACGUCUUUGCGGAGUGGAACACGAACGAUUAUGCAACAACUUCUCGUGAUCAAUGUGGUGAUCAUCGUCAUGGACAUGGCAUUGCUCAGUAUCGAGUAUGCGUCGAUCUUCUGGCUCGAGACAGUGCUGAAAGGUGUUGUUUAUUCGGUGAAGCUCAAGAUCGAGUUUGCGAUACUUAGUCGACUGAUCAUGUUCGUGGGAGGUGCGCCAGGCAACACCCAAUCACCGACAACAAAUGCGGCCACAGUCCAGAUCGGUUCGCGAGGUCCGCACGUUCCGGACAGGAUUCAGACUGCAGGAGCAGAUCCUUCGACUGGGAAAGGGACGAGUAUUAGGAUUGGCUAG